UAUUCGAGUCUUACUUGACUGCCAUGCCCUGAGCUCAGCAGACAAUCGACCUAUCGAUUCUCUCCCGAUCACAUCCUGCUGGGUGACAUGGGUAAUGAGGUAAUGACAUGUUCAUUAGUGUUCGCGUGCGGAGUCAGGGCGUUUAGUGCUAACCGGAGGAAUAGCGCGGGUUUGGCUCCCCCAACUGGCAAGAACCGAUGAAACCGCCUGGGCCUUUAUUACGGACUUCAGGUUCCGUGCAGUGAGGUACCUGUUUCUGGACAUCUCAUUCCUAAUAGCCAAGCAGAUUGUGAUCUCUUUGGACAACACCAAUGUCUGUGGCGUGUUUGCAGGAGAAUUUGAGUCAUGCUGGUGUACAUAGCUGGAGGGGGAAUUUUAUUUGCAGGAUCUGAUUAUUGCUGGAGCCCAUUGGAGGAUCUUGAGGCAGCGCCAAAGAUAAUGUUUUUGGACAUUGAAACAUACAAUGACUAUAAUGUUAACGUAUGUACACUGAUUGAAUUUGAUAUUUUAUACAAUUUAGGGUAACCAGUUUUGACUUCAAAUACAUAUUUCUGUGUAUAAGGCAGUCAAUUGUUGAUCUCUCACUGUGUUACCGCGAAUGUAUCCAACACAUUUGUAAAGUCACAAGCUUAAUUCAGUCAUUGUGUGCUGCAAAUAUAGCACCAAAUAGCAAACUUUGUGUUAUGGGUCAAUUCUUUUGGUACCUGUAAUGGUGGGACUUUGUGGAAAAAGUGUAAUUUAAACAGUUAAUCCAGUUUUGAUGAAUGUACCUCACCCUGAAAGCGGACAGUCUAUGUUUUAACCCCGGACGUUGUAUGAAAACAAAGUCUGCAGUACAAACCAAACGCAUCAAAAGAGAAACUAUUAAACAUGUUUGUGCUUAUGAAUUAAUGUACUAGGCGAAGAACAGUUUUGGUCCAAUAGUGUAUGGAAAAGAAAUACCUGAGCCCCAGGGCCAAUGAUUUCUUAAACCGGCCCAGUUUAGAUGCAAUCCAAAGGUUAUGCUGACUAGCCUUGACUUGUCUGUACAUAUCUACAUUAGCUGAGGGGCAAUAGUUUAGUCAGUUUUGCUUCAAACUUUGGAUCCUGUUCAAACUAAGCUGUAGAAAAUGUAUACUGCUGUUAAAUCCUAACACUGACUCAUUGGAAUUCUUCCAUUUCAGUCACUCGGAGUGACAAAAGAACUUGGCACUUGCAAAGGUGCAAUUAUUGCAGACUCCCAUAAGAUAUGAAAACGGGAGGAGUUGUGUGCGCUGGAACCCACCCUGUCUCACCUUUAAGGCCGCCACGCUGCUAGAAGAAGAAGCUAGUAAAUCAAUGGCCUGCCCCUUUGCUCUGACGUCACGGCAGGAGAGCAGAACGGUACAGGUGAACCAUAGUAGAGGGGUAAAGGUGAAUUUGUCCGAACCGGAAUGAGGAGAUUCUUCGGACCACAGAUCCUCCGAGAUGAAGAGGGCAGUCAGAUCCAGUACCUGACAUUCAAGUGUAACCAUCUGACACACGAAAAAGCAGUGCUUGAAAGGGAAUGUCUGGUAGCCAGGGAGAGGGAGAGCAGCCUGAAAAAUGAGCUAGAGGCUCUGGCCGUGCGGCUCCGCCAGCAAGACCAGGCCAACCUGGAGCUGAUGGUCAAACAUGACCAACUGCUCAGCAGGUUCCAUCAUGAACAGGAUCUGGUUGCGUUCUUGCGGAAGCGGGUAGAGGAGGUGGUGGGCGAGAGCUCCAGAGAUGCCGCGCUGCUGGGCCUACAGCUGGAGCAGGUCAACGCAGAGCUGCUGCAACUGCAGAGCUCCGAGGUGAAGCUCGACGGCCUGGUGGAGGCCAUGCACGCCGAGAGCCUGCAGAGAACUGCCCUGACCGAGAGCCUGCAGGCACAGCUGCAAAGUAAGGUAUGUGAGCUCGACGGGCUGCGCAGUGAGCAUCAGAGAAAAAUACAGGAACUGCAGUGCGAGAAUGAGAAACUGCGCGACUCCAGUCAGACUCGGGUGCAGGCCCUGCAGCGGCAGAACGAGUGCAGCCUGAGGAAGCUCCAGGAAACGGCGGAGCAGUUUGAAUGGCUGUGCGAACAGCAGCGCUACUGGAUGUGCUGUGUCAAGAGGUUCAAAGACUGCCUGUCAGAUGAGAAGAAGGCUCUUGCGCAGCAGGUGACCCGGUUGGAGAAGGAGGUGGCUGAGCUGAGGGGGAGCUCCCAGGGUUCAGGGGGUGCCACCGAGGCACCGGGCCUCCCCCCUGCUGACACAGACAGCCAGCACUGUACCAGAGUUCCGUCGUGGGAGUCAGAUGAGAUUGCCAACCUGCAAACCCAGGUAGACCGAUGGAGGGGGCUGUAUCUCCACAAGUUCAGCCAGUCGCCCACCUGCCAAGGGGGGUAUGCUGUCGACGGAUAUCAAAAACCUCCCUGAGGCCAGAAGACCAUGAAAUCUUUUUCCCCCUUCAACACAGCGGACGCACUCCUCACUUUUGGCGGUUUGCGGCUCUCCACCCAUCUGUUACGGACAACCACAUAACCUUGUUGUCCUGUUGUUUUUGUCAUCCGUCUCGCAACCGCCUUGUGACCGUACUAGUGAGAGUUAAAAGUAUAUAAAACAUGUUGUCUAUUUCCUUGUCAUGGCGUGGCCCUGCACAAUGUCUAGCCAUUGUCUGUUUCCAGGCGCAUCUGGUGAAACGUAUAAUCAACAAGUAAAAACGUUUAAAAA